CUGAAUAGAUAUUCUGCCUCUUCGUUUAUCUUUGACUGUAAAGGCGUAAUGGCCAAGGGCGUGUCGGUUGUCCGGCUAUUUAAAAGACAAGGGAGGGAUUAUACGCAUUUUUGUGGGAACUUUAAUUUGGACUAAAGUAGUCGAUGUAGCUUAAUUGUAUAAACAUUUGUCAGAGUACGUUUUGAAUUUAAAUCUCGAGCAAGUUUCCUAAAUGGUACACUCCAGAAAUCAUUGUUGUGUUUCUUUUAAAAUAAUUGAUGUUCUUCGACUAGGUCAGCGCACUAUUCUCCGAUUGGCCUUGCGUUAACAUGUGACCAGUUACCUGCCAAUCAUGUACAAAUAAUGUUUAUCAUCGAAGAGAAAUGUAAUGAUGCCUACAGUACGUUUCAGUAAUUCAUCACGUUCUUAUCCAGAGCAACUUUAAGGAGCGAGUACACAUUUUCAUUCUAUUUUCCAACAAUUCUCAAAGCUUACUUACAGAGUAAUAGAGUGGGCCUGAUUAAAGAGUUGUGGAGUCGAUCUACAGAUCUGAGGUGUAACAAGUGAAAGUACUGUACUAUAAUUUCUCUGUUUCCUUUUUAAACAUAUUUAAACUUUUUCAUGGAAAGAAUUACAUUUCUAAGUGACCCCAAACAUUUGGUAAUGUAUAUUUUUAGUCUUACCAAGUAUUUUGUUUAUAUGUAAGCACGUAUUGUACUUUCGUCUUUUACUGUAAAUCAGUUGGACCCCCAAGUGUCAUCAUUAUGUCAUUAUUAUACAAGGCCAGAAACACUGCUGUUUCAGAACCAUUGUGAUGCACUUCCUAUCUGGACAGGAAAUUCUAAAUCGUGACUCCACUGAAAAGCCGUUCAGAGGCUGAUAGGAUCAGAGGGCACUGCUGUAACACUCAGCUCCAGUCCAUGGAAGAGCCUGUCUCAUCCACCUCCUAGCUCUCAGUGACUAGGAUUCUUCUGUACCUUUGUAUACAAGGUCUGACUGAGAUGUUUGGACAGAACCAUAACAGGUGGGGGUCUGAUGGGGCACAUAUCCGCCACCCCAGGCACCUGGGUGGUCUUGUCACAGCACACCCGAGACAAUGGGAGUAUGACGAGGAGGAAGAAGAGGAAGAGCAUGACAUUUCGCCCGGGGAGCAUCCAACAAUCUGUUGCAACAGUCCAGGUGGCCAUGACCUCCCCCAAGAGUUUGUUCAGACCCGCUGGGCCGGUUCUGAGAGUCCCUUUGCUACUGUCCCCAGUGAGCUAGUUAACAUUCAAAGCCAAAGUGACACAGGGCAGAUCGGCGCUGAUAUGUGGAUGGUUCUCCCAGCACACCAGCCCUCCUUGAAUGGUGUUAAUGGAGAUGAACCAUCCCAGCAUUGUUUAGGAAUGAACUGGGGGAGCCACAGGACAGAGGGCCAUGGCUGUGUUUGUGUGCAUGGACAGAGUAGACCAGGAAGAUGUUGCCACAGUUGGGCUGGUUCUCCUUUCAUACAUUUUGGGGUGAGGAAGACAAUGAUGGUAGGAGUCGAGGUGGAGACGGUGGAGGAAGUGUCCUUUGAGGAUACAGAGACAGUUGUAAUAUCAGAAAUUGUCUGUCCAAAUCAUUUGAGGGAACCGAUAUUGUUGCAAGAUUACCAGCUUUCCCCCAUCUAAAUCCUUAUGCAAAUGUUAAAGCUGUGUCUUUAUAUGUACGAGAAUAAAGUUUGAGGAAAAAGUAUUGUUUGUCUUAACAUUUCCAGUGGUGUGUCUGUGAAGUACUAUUAAUUAUAUUGUGUUUGUUUAUUUUCUCAAUAAAACGAGAGAAACUUUGUA